UUAAUGGUGACUACCGCAGCCCGUUUUCGCAGAGGAAGCUUCUCUAUUGCAACUUGGGCGCAGAGGGUCCGCGGGGAAACAUGGCCGAAGGCGGGCCGGGUAAAGGUGGCGGAGAAGACAACGCCAAGUCCACCGAGCAGGAGGACCGGACUCGACCUCAGAUCCUGUCGGGAUUGGGCUUCUGCAAAUGGUUCAACGUCCGGAUGGGCUUUGGAUUUAUCUCAAUGACCAGCAGCGAAGGGAGCCCCGUCGACCCCCCUCUGGAUGUUUUCGUCCACCAAAGCAAACUGGUGAUGGAGGGCUUCCGCAGCUUAAAGGAGGGUGAGCAGGUGGAGUUCACCUAUAAGAAGUCCUCUAAGGGCCUGGAGUCCCUACGGGUAACCGGACCAGGUGGGGGACCCUGCGCAGGCAGCGAAAGGAGACCCAAGGGGAAGGUCCCACUCCAGAAACGCCAACCAAAGGGAGACCGUUGUUAUAACUGUGGAGGUCUGGAUCACCAUGCCAAGGAGUGUGGCCUGCCCCCCCAGCCAAAGAAAUGCCACUACUGCCAGAGCAUCACGCACAUGGUGGCUCAGUGUCCCCACAAGGCGCUGGCGCCCCCCACAGGCUCUCAGGACCAACAUGCGUCUACCUCGGCCUCCAGCCCAGGGACCGGGCCCUACCUCUGCCCCCUGGAGGAGGAGGAGCGCUCCGGCUCGUCUCCCCUGGAGGGCUCCUCCUCCUCCCCCGAGGAGCCCCACACACACCGCGGCCCCCGGACCCAGAGGUGGAGGAAAUCCUGA